GGCGGUCUCUCCGGAGGCUGCACCAGCUGCCCAGGCAUCCACAGAGCUGUCGGCGGUCUCUCCGGAGGCUGCACCAGCUGCCCAGGCAUCUACAGAGAUCUUGGUCGACACUCCAGAGGCUGCACCAGCUGCCCAGGCAUCUACAGAGAUGUUGGCGGUCACUCCAGAGGCUGCACCAGCUGCCCAGGCAUCUACAGAGCUGUCGGCGGUCUCUCCGGAGGCUGCACCAGCUGCCCAGGCAUCUACAGAGCUGUCGGCGGUCUCUCCGGAGGCUGCACCAGCUGC